GGUAAAAAUAUCGCACGUUCUGGCAGCACUGCUUGCGUCACACUCCCGUCUCGUUACUGAUUGCUUACAAACAAACAAUAUUUUUUUUGUAAUUUUACACGCUAAUUAAUUUAUAAACAUAUUUAAAAAAGCGAACGCGUUAAAAAGAUGAGUAGGAAAGAAGCACUUCAACAAUUCAUCCAUCAGAUUCAUGGAAGACCGGUGGUUGUUAAAUUAAACAGUGGCGUAGAUUACAGAGGUGUAUUAGCUUGUCUCGAUGGAUAUAUGAAUAUUGCUCUUGAACAAACUGAAGAGUACGUUAAUGGACAAUUAAAGGAUAAAUAUGGAGAUGCAUUUAUUAGGGGAAAUAAUGUACUUUAUAUUAGCACACAAAGACGUAGAACUUGAUUAUAUAUUUUAUAAAAUAAUUAUUAAAAUUAACAAUAAAUUGGUACUUUAUAUAUAAUAAAAUUAAAAAAAAAAUA